UGUACGUUCCGUUUAUUCCAUUUGUCUAAGUCACUAUGCUAAUAUUGAAAGCUGACUGUGACUCACGUGGUGCAUUCAGGGUACUUGUUUGUUUCAAGGUGCACCUUUGCAAAAUGUUAGAUAAUCAUCAUUUUAGCAGGUGCACGAUUUACCACAAAAGCCCUCUCCAGCAGCCCAGACUCGAUUGAAACAAAUUAGACAAAGGUGGCGUUUACAAGUACUUGUAGGAUAAAAGUGGAAAUAGGCGAAAAAGGUAACCAUUGUCUCAAUUUCGACGGUAUUUUGGGGCUCUAUGCUUUCAUAUGUUUUAAAGCAAAAUUUUAGAGGCGAUAUUAAAAAUCAUUCUUAUUGAAAAUACAGGACUUACACAGCAUGCUAUAAAGGAUUAUUUUUUAUACGAUGUUAAGAUAAAAUCAUUGUUAUUUAAAAUACCUAGCGAACUCACGCAGUAUUGUAUAAACGAUUCUAUUUAGCACUGUUAGCAAUGAUAGCACAUUUCAGUCUUUUAAUAAGAUUAAAAAGUAAAAAUAGAUGAAAAUUAACCCAAAGAAACUGUCUUGUGUUUACCAGGCAUGAACAGGGAGAAGUCUACAAAAUAUUCACCUUAAAAACAAACUUUUCAUCAUAGUCAAGCAUUCAUCUUAUACCAAGCUGGGACUGAACGACUACGGCUAUUGCGUCACGAAAAUGUUCGCUCUUAGCAAUUUGAUCUUCCUUCUCUUGUCGAUGCAUCAAGAAAAGGCGAGGAACUAUAUCAUCUUGAGCGACGAAUCUUCACCUGUUCAAAAUCAAUCGAGUUUUUUUUCCAACAGCAAGAUUACACUCAAUUUCAUCUCAGGCAAGAACCCAAGCUUGGAUGCUGCUCUUAAGGUGUUUUGCACAAAUCGGGAAAACUCAGUUUUGAUUGGUUGUCUUGGUAGCAGGCUUGAUCUUCUCUUAGUGGAUCUUUCUCGAUUCUUAUCCAUACCGUUUAUUUGUGUUGGAGAGACGUUUGCCCAAACCACUCUUCAGACUCAGCCAUACAUCACUAUUGGUGCGUCGACCGUCGCAGUGCUCGGGGUCGUCUCGCAAAUGGUAGUCAUGUCAUCCUCUACCCAUGUUUUUUUCGUUGGAACUAAGACCCAGAUCAACAGUAUUCUGCCUUACGCACUGGCACAAGAACAAAAUGAAAAUACUUUCUUCUCAGGCAUCACUGGAAGUUUUUCCAAGGAUUUGGACGCUGCCUUACAGAAGAUAAAUUCUAGAAAGGAUUUGGUGCUGAUUGUGUUUCUUGACAACUCCAUUAUAGCCAGGGAUAGAACCUUAAGGAACGCCAUAUGUAAUGUUGCUUCACAUAUAAAGGCUGUGAUAUUCAACGACGGGAAAAAAGAAAAUUGGGGAUUAAAGUCCAAAAAGAGUGAUAUUUUAUUCAUUAAAGUGGGUAAUGACAUAGAGACUCUUACGAAAGACGCAUUAAGACUAACGGAUGCAACGCUUUCGCGAAAGAACAACACACAUGAUUGCUUGGCUGGAAAGAAUCAAGAUAGUAUCUACAAAGCGUCAUUCAAACGCCUUGUUGACACUGGGGGACUGCAAUCUGAAAUAGCCACUAAGCUAUCAUCCCUAGGAGAUCAGGCUAACACAGAGUUCCUCAUCAGCAAACUGCUGCCAUCCUCUCAAGAUGUGGAAUUAGUUGGACAAACACCCAACGGAAAGCUAGUGAUGCUUCAGAAUCUACUACGACCAAACCUCAAGUGUAAAAAUCCCAGAGCACUCUGUGUUGUAGCAAUAUUGGAUAUACUUUGCUUUAAAAGCUUGUAUGAAGUGAAAUCAUCUAACGAGUGCAUCUUAUCACAUAUGUGUACAGUGUACGGCGAAGAGGUUGGUGACAACAACACAGUAACCCCUCGGGUAAGGCAUUUUUGCUGUAAGGGAUUCGCUAUUGAUAUUCUCAUGAACUUGGAAAGAGAUUUGGAGUUUGAAGCUGAGAUUUACCUUGUUGAAGAUAAAAAGUAUGGCGUUUAUGACAAGAAGCUAAAAAGGUGGAAUGGAAUGAUCGGAGAUUUGGUUGACGGAAGGGCCGAGCUUGCUCUCACUAGUUUUGAAAUGUCUUCCGCAAGACAAGCUGUGAUUGACUAUGCUGAUGCUGCCUUUAUGUACCACGAUCGUAUCAUCAUAAUGCCAGUUAAAAGUUCUUAUACGUCACAUGACUGGUUUGGGUUCAUGAAACCUUUCGGCACUCACUUGUGGGUUGCUUUUGUAUCAACAAGUGUAGUCCUGGUUAUAAUGGUUUGGCUCAUCGACAAGUACAGUCCCUACGGCCACAAGCACCACUUCCAGGUGUUCACUCUGCGCGACAGCUUCUCUUAUCUCUCCAGCACCGUAUUCAAGAUCAACCUGGACGAUGUGACAGCGCGCAGUCCAAGCGCGAGGUUCACUUACGCCGUGUUUUCAUUUGGGACGUUGAUUCUGAUUUCUACGUACACCGCGAAUCUAAUGGUGUUUCUAAUAGAGAAAAAAGUAGAGUUUCCAAUCUCAGGAUUACAUGAUCCGAAGCUUCGAGAUCCAAAUUCAGGAAUUCGUCUCGGGCUACUUCAAGGAUCAAACGCGGAGCUUAUGUUUAAACAAACCAAUGAUAAAACCCUCAUGGCGAUUGGAAAAAAUGCUGUUUUAGUGGGAGAAGAAACGGGACAAUACGACAUGCUUGAUGACGGGACACUAGAUGCUAUUGUAGACGUCACUCCAUAUUCUGAGCACUUUACCGCCCUGAGACCCAACAAGUUCUAUGGUGUCGUCGACGUGGUAAGAACGAUGGGGGGAGCUUGUGCCUUUAGAAAGGGCUCCCCAUGGAACGCCAGAAUUUCAGCAAGACUCCGCGAAUACAAAAGCAAUGAAUACUUCGAUCAUCUGCUGAAUAGGUGGCUUCUAAAAUUUACCAAGAAAACCACACAAGACUCUUCAAACCAGCUCGGAAUUCAUCACUUAAAAGGGCUGUUUCUUAUUUUAUUGCCCUUAACGGUUGUGGUUUGCAUUAUCUUAGUGGUAGUGGAAACAUUGUUUCUAAGAAAGGUGAGAGAAUUUGAGGUCACAGUUAUUGGUUAUCAGGAAGAUGCUACGGUAGAACGCACUAAUGAGCAUAUAAACACUGAACUGUAAGCUCUCGUAAGCGCCCGUCUCAUCACGUGACCAGGCUAGAGCAUCAAUUGACCGGGUUAGAUCAACACGUGGCCAGGUAAGAUUAUGACCGCCUCAUCACGUGACCAGGUUAGAUCCUCACGUGGCCAGGUUAGAUCAUGACCGCUUCAUACCUUAUUACACUAAAUUUUCGCGUCACUUUAAUUUCGCGAAAUUCGCGAUUUUAAUAGAUUCGCGAAAAUAAAGUGAUUCGAAAAUAAAGUGUCGCGAAAAUUAAGUGAGUACACAAGAAACAUUUGGGGGAAUAUUGGUCGUUUAAUAAACUUUAUGUAAACA